AUGAGCUGCGCAGACGACCUCACCGUCGACGACCUCAACACGUCUGUGACGACCGAAGUGCUCGAGCGCGUGAGCGCUGGUGAAGGAAGUAAUGCCAAUCUCUGGGGAUGGAUCGAUCGCGAUAACGUUGUGGGAUUGAACCUCGCAGAGCCGCAGACCGCACCGAAGGUCAUCAAGCCAUGGGACGAACGAGUGGACGAGGAGGAGUUUGUUGAGAGCGGAGUUGAUGACGAGCUUAUCCUCCACAUCCCCUUCACAACAAGUUUGCGCCUCCGCAACCUCUGCAUGUACCUUCCCGCUCCAGGUCAUCCGCAUCGCCCUGGCCGAUUGCGCAUCUUUGCCAACAGCCCCCAUCCACCAGACUUUGCAGAGCUUGAGUCCAUGGAUCCCAUCAUGGACCUGGACGUGAGCGAGCCUCCGACGCAACGACGAGAUAUCGGCGGGCGGCGUGAUGUUGAUGAAUGGCCGCUCAAGGUUCAGCGCAUGGCGAACGUCUUUGCCGUCACUCUACUCUUUAGCGAAGCGGGCACAGGGCAGCGGUCAAAAGUGUUCUACAUCGGCUUCAAAGGUGACGCGAAACAGCUGAAAAUGGACAUGUCCAAGCUCGGCCAAGUACCUGCCUCCCAGAGCGCCGACAAGAAGGUCGAUGGCGUCGCUGAGAAGAAGGGGGCCGGCUAUACCACGAUCCGAUAGUCCUGCAUCAUAUAAUAUUCAUCUUUACUUGUGCUUGAGCGCAGCGAGCUUCUUGAUGGCCUCGGUGCCUUCGAGACGCUCGUCCUGCCACUCGACCUGCGGGGUGGCGCCGAGCUUCUUCUCGUAGAAUUCGAUGCUGGGGGUGUUCCACUUCAGCACGCACCACUCGACACGCCCGCAGUCACGCUCCAGGGCAAUCUCGCCGACGUGCCCGAAGAGCGCCUUGCCGAUGCCUGAGCCGCGGAGCUCAGGGAUGACGAAGAUGUCCUCUACCCAAAGUCCGGGCUUGCCGAGCCAAGUCGAGUAGGUGAAGAAGUA